GUGUCUAGAGCAGCAAUUCAAAGGACGAAACACGUCACGACUUUCGGCUUAUUAGACUAGGAUAUUCAACAGAGACAAGGUUUGAUUUUCGUACAAAACAGUACAGAAUUCACAGAGUUAUUAUCCCAUCAACUAAACGUACCACAAUUUAUUCGACAAUAAGACACAACUCUACGAGAAAAGUCUGGACUUUGAAUUUUGAAGGGAGAAGAAGUAUUUCAGUUUGAAGAACUCAAAGAGAAAUAGUCCCAGUCCAUUUUGAAUCUACCAGACCUCGUUACAUUCGUUUGUCAUAGUUGAACAAUUGAAGUUCGACAUAGCCAUAAAUUCAAGGUUUUUCACGGCAAAGUGAGAAAGCAAUUGAAGCAACAGCAAAUUCCAAACUACGAUCAAAAGAUAUAAGGUAUUGAUAGAAUCGUGUUAUUUAUAGUGACAUCAUUAAAUUUAUUGUUGAAGCUAUUACUGUUGUUAUUCUAGACUAUUAACUAUAGCUUUACACGUCUAUAUUAGAUUAUCAAGAGUCGCAUUACGAUUCAUAUUUGAUAGUUCAUUUCACCGUAUUCCAUAUCGUUACAACCUUAAUUCGAUCUUUGCAUUCAAUCAGUUGAUUCAACUACUUAUCAUUGACAUUAUUGACAUUGGUUUGUCAUAUUAAUCUUUCAUAGUUCACCAUGGAGUCACCCUUACACAUUGGAGACUUGACCACCAACCUGAUUCUGCACCGUCUCAACGAUACACAUCUCACGACAUCAUGUUCGUCGUCGGUUUCUCUGGCUAUCUACUCGGGCCAGAAGGUAAUUCAACUUACAUUGAAUUUCCAGGUAGGCACCGGCAAGCUAGACAAUACUGUAGUGAUCUUACGUAGAGUACAAGACUCGUACGUCAACGUGACACAGCUCUUUGGUAUUUUGUUGAAGUUAGGUCAUUUCAACGAAACGCAAUUGAACAACUUCUUCAACAACGAGAUCGUAACCAACAUCCAGUUGCAAGGAGCUGGCACUAAAAACAACCACUUCUUGGACUUGAGAAAGCAUGAGAACACUCAAUUGCGGGGCUUAUGGAUUUCGUACGAUAGAGCCGUAGCACUUGCACUCCAGUUCGAUAUCUACGAGUUCACUAAAGGGUUAUUUCUUGUAGACGUCCAUGACUUUGACAAGCUUCCAAAGACCAAUAAACGUUUCUACGAAGGCGACGAUGACGAAGACGGCAGCUUGGCUGGAUCUCCUACGAAGAAACAAAAAGUUCUGAAGGAAGAGUCCGAAACUAGAAAAAACGAGAAAGAUAUCGGCACUGCCAAUGUGUUGGUGGAUGAACUCUCUGCCAAAAACGUAAAUUACCCUUUGACUCUACCACCUGUCGCAAGUACUGAAAACGAGCUUGCCAACGAAUUGAAGGUGAAGCUUGGUGAAGUAUUCAAACGCGACGACGAGUUUAAAGGUGAACUAGGCAUAAAUGAACUCAGAACAUUGUUUCAGCCCAUAUUGACUAAGUACGAGCCCAAUGUUGUUGUAGAUAUCCCUUUGGACCAGAAGGGUCAGACAGCUCUCCAUUUUGCAUCGACUCUCGCUUCAGUCAACUUGGUGUCUGGGUUUAUUGAAUUGGGAUUGAAUAACCCUGUUCGAGGCAACAACGCUGGUGAAUCUCCACUCAUCUCUGCUAUUCAGGUAACGAAUGCAAUGGAGAAGGGCAUUUUCCAAAGUCUCUUGACCAACUGGUUGUAUCCCGAUAUCUGGCUCUUGGACAACAAGAGAUGGUCAUUUAUGCACCAUUUGACAUCUGACUCGGCCAAGAAGAUCGACAGCAGCAAGUUCUACUGUACCAAGAUCUUAGAGUAUAUCGUUGCAGAAAGUAGUCGUCUUAAGGAUUUCCAGGAAAAACUCUUGAACUCGCAGGACGAAGAAGGCAACACCAGUUUGCACUUCGCAGCCGAGAAAGAGUCGUCGUGGUUCGUCAAGAUCUUGUUGAAACUCAAUGCUGAUGUAAACAUAUCCAAUAAGCGAGGUGUCAAGCCUAUCGACUUUGAUCUUGUCAAGGACAUGUUGAAGCCCGAAUCUGACGAACAAUUCGAUGAGUACAUCUUUGAGUUGAUCCACACUGGUCUUGAAUUUUUGGAUAAGAGGCUCCAGAUCAAUGACGAGAUUCCUGAAAUUGAAGCUCCUAAAGUGCUAGCUGCUCCUGUAGCUGUUUCUGGUGAUGAUUCCACGGCCAACACUUCCAACCGUAUCUUCCAAAGUAUUCAACACUUAUUAGCAAAUACCAAUGUUGAAUACGAAGCUAUAUUGAACGCUAAGCGCGAACAGAUCAGCAAUUUGAACAAGAGUCUCCAUGAUGCCACAAUUGUCACAGCCAACAAUCGCUUCUUAACAAGAAAAGUCACAGAGAAAUUAAUUGAGUUGGACAAUUUGAAGCUCCAGUCAGCAAAUAUAACCGACAGACUUCAAUUGACCAAACAGGAAUUUCCUGAGGAUCAGGAAGAAGACGGGGAAGUAGAAAAGCAAUUCGAUGCAGACGAGCCUUUUGCAAUUAAACCUUUGUACGAGAAAUUGGUCAAGGAUGAGUCGAUAGAAGACUUGCGAGAAAACGAAGAGGUGUUGAAGCAAUUGCAGCCGGUUCCAAUUCUAAAGGCCAGAAUCAACGCCUAUAAGCAGAUAAAUGCACAGAUCGAGAAGGAGUUGAAUACCUUGCUAGACUACAGUGAGUUGGCAUCAAAGUUCAAGAAGGUGGUAAGUAUAUGUACUGGUGUAGACAUCAACGAAGUCGACGAGUUGUUGGACGGCUUGUUGGAGGCUGUAGAAGGGCAACAGUAGGAUAUUGUUGUUGGUGUUGGUGUUGUUGCGUAGUUGGUGAUGGUGCUUCAUUUCUUACUUGUUUUUGACUACUUAUCUACCUUUUCUUCUUCCCUAUGUAUAACUUACUCCACAUUUCAUUGAAUAUCGUGACGUGUACUGACAAGAUGUCUAGACUAAUAUACAGCUAUAUGCAAUUGGUU